CAUGGACGUGGCACCACCAUCAUUUGGACGCCAACUCAAUGACCAACUUCCUCGAAUACAAAACGCUGUCCAAGAUCAAAUUGCGUUUCUCGGUGAUGUUAGAGACUAUUUAAAGGAACGAGUGGCCUUGGAAAAGCAGUAUGGUUCAUCUCUACAAGCCAUCGUUAAAAAAGCUACGGAAAGGAGGAUCAAAAGGGAGCAGAUUAUGUCCGUUGGUGCAGAGCCAAGUAAAGCUUGGAGUGGCUCUAGCAGCACUCUUGAUGCAGCGUGGUCGCGCAUUCUUUCUGAAGCAGAUGAAGAAGCUACGGAUCAUACCAAUCUCGCAGAAUCGAUCCAAAAUCAAGUUUGUGAGGUCUUAAAGGCAGCUGAACGCAAGAAAGAAGCUACGCGCAAAAAGCACGUUGAAUUUUCUACAAAACUAUUAUCGGAAAGAGACAAAGUGUAUCAUGACAAGAUGAAAGCUAAGCAACGCUAUGAUGAUGCGUGUAGCGCGGUUGAAUCUACUCGUGUCAAGCAAGGUCAAGCCAAAGAUGAACGGCAUUUGGAGAAGGCAGCUAAGAGCAUGGACAAUCACACGAACGAGAUGCUCAGUAGCAAGAACGCUUACAUCAUUUCCCUACAAGUCGCCAAUGAAGCCAAACAUAGGUUCUAUCAAGUCGAUCUCCCAAGCUUAGGCGAUGACUUCCAGGCUAGUUUUCAAAUCAAAUUAGUUUCUCUUUGGUCGUUGACUACCUUCAAGUUGGUGUCCAUCUUCAAUAAGAUUGCAGCAUUAAACCAAACAUACCUGGAUGCUCAGCAAUCGCACAAUACACAGACGUUGGCCGCAUCCGCUACCAUCGAUACUGUGACAGAUCAAAGAUUGUUCGUUGAAUUCAACUUUCGGCCUUUUGUCGAACCGCAAGACUUCGUUUUCGAACCAUGCCCUAUAUGGCAUGAUACAUCUGAUUUCGCUCUAUCAUCACCUGAACCAAAGACCUUACUUCAGAAUAGGCUGGUUGAGGCGCGAGCCAAAGUUGAAGAAUUGGAGCCAUCGAUCGAAGCUAAGCGGAAUGAAAUCUUGGGGCUCGAGAAGUUACGAGAGGCGUAUGCACACAAUGAGACGUUGGGUGACCCCGAUGAAAUUGUCGAUAACCUUCUGGAAAGCGUUCGGCAAACUAUCACGAUGGAGACUCAGUUUACCGCAUUACAAAAAGAGAUUGAGGUCCUCGAAGACGCCUUGGGAGACGACCAAGGAUGUCAACAACCUCACAGAUUCAAAACUGCUAGCUUUGUCACACCUACACCAUGUCAUCUGUGUAAAUCAAGUAUAUGGGGACUGGCUAAACAAGGUGUGACUUGCAAAGCUUGUUCGAUUCAUGCUCACGUCAAGUGCGGUCCUAAAGUACCAGCUGACUGUCCUGGCACCGCGCCACAACGAAAUGGUCGAAGUCGACUUUCCAUGGGGACGGGAGCUGGCUCAACAUUCACUUCAGGUGCAGCUGCUGUCCCAACCUCGCCGAACCCAGGAGAACAGCAAUUGGGUCGAGCGUCAACCGUGGUCCGCAAAACCUCUAAUGCAGAUGCUGGUUUGGGUCGAUCGGCUACUACUUCUGCCCCGAGAAAGUCCUCGGUGCCUCGGCGUAACAUCCCACCUCGCGAAUCGGUGACCAAAGCUAAAAUGCUAUAUGGUCAUGAAGCUUCCACCCCAUUCGAGGUUAGCGCUGCUGAAUCGACUCUUGUGACGGUAAUCACUCCAGAUGAUGGGUCAGGAUGGAUAAAAGUUGAAACUGAAGACGGUCGUCAAGGCUUAGUUCCUGCGACUUACGUGGAAAUUAUUCCUACCGAAUCCCGCUCAGCUGGAGCACCACAAAUUCCACCACGAAUGAAACGAGGCCUGACAGCUAAAGUUCUAUAUGAUUGGGCUGCUCAAGCGCCCGAUGAGCAUAGCAUUUCAGUUGGUGAGACAGUCACCUUGACCGAGAAUGGCGAAAACUAUGGCGAAGGUUGGUAUGAGAUCAACAAAGCUGGAAAGAAGGGGAUUAUACCGAGCAAUUAUGUCGAAAUACUCUGAAUCUUCUUUUUGGUCUGUCAAUACUUGAGACCCCACAGUUGGGCAUCAGCGUAUCUGUAUGCAGAAGCAGAUGUGCUAUGUAUAUAAUUCUUGAUCGUAGCUUGUUGUAAUUUCAGCGCAUGUCUAAUCAUUUGAAGAUGUAAGUGUAUG